AAGCAACAGCAACAGCAACCGAUGUGCAAAUCGUAAAAUCUCCAUUAAAAAUAAGGUUAGUGUUCACCCUCGCCCACGGGUCGACUUCAGUACGAAAAGCGCGCAGGAAGCGAUCGGUACGGAACGGCACGGAACGGUGCGAAGCGACAAAACGACAAAAAAAAAAAGUAACGCACACACGAAAGAGCGUAAGCUCCGACGGGCAUGAGAUCGCAUGCAGACAACACAAUUAUUAUUAUUAAAUUUAAUAGAAAACACCUACACACAUUAAUAUAAUAACGUAAAUAAUAGCACAAAAAAAAACACACACACACAAAAUAAAAAUAUACCAAACGGGUUUCAAACGCUCUUUUCGGCUCCCUGCUGGCCAGCCUGCUGCCCAGGCUCUCUUUUCACCGAUCUUCAUUUUGCGCCAUCCACUAUUACGGUUUGUUCGUGUUUGGUGUUGCUGUUGUUGUUGUUGUUUUUUUUUUUGAGUGUUAAAGACAAAGACAAGGUCAGAAAAAAACUCCACUCGAAAAGAGAAGGGGAUUUACAACGGUGCACAAAGUGCAGAAACAGAGAGAGGGAGAGUGGGAGAGAAACAAACUUCAGCGAGAGAGAGAGAGAGGGGAGUCAUAGACGAUCUUCAGAGAGCCAGCGAACGGGAGAGUGAGAGAGCCUGCCCAUGACAGCGACAACGGAAGCCGUGGCCGCCACCACACCCGUCCAGGAGCAGCUCGACGGCAAGAGCAUGCCGUCCCUGCCCUCCACACCCACAUCGGCCUCGUCGGAGACGAGCCAGGCGUUGAGCGAGAUCUUCUUCGUGGAGAGCAGCCGUCGCAAGCACAGCAUCAAGAUCCAGGUGAAGCUCUGUCCGGAGGGCGUGUACCUGCGGCGGGAGACCGACCAGGAUGAUCACAUCAACGAGCAGCUGAUACGCAUCGACGACAUCAUUGGCUCCCGGUUUGGUCCCCGCCUGAAGAAGCGACCACGUGGCGGCCUCAAUUCGUGCAAGAAUCCCAGCGGGGAUGCGACGCAGGAGCAGGAACAGCAGCCGGAUCGGGACAACAGCGCCUACCUCUACAUCUAUGCGUAUCUGAAGAAGGAGAAGCCUCUGCGCCGCGUACAGACGCUGCGCAUCCUGCGCUUUCGCUCGAGCAACGACUAUGCGGAGAAUCUGCAGACGGCAGAGCUCUGGCAUCGCACCAUACGGGAGCACAAGCAGCGCAACAGCACCACCAUCGACAUCAACGGCUCCGUAUUGGGCGCGGGAGCGGUCGCGGGCUCUGUCAAACACCUGUUGAUCCUGCUCAAUCCGAAAUCGGGCUCGGGCAAGGGCAGAGAGCUCUUCCAGAAGCAGGUGGCCCCGCUGCUGACCGAGGCGGAGGUCCAGUAUGAUCUUCAGAUCACAACGCAUCCACACUAUGCGAAGGAGUUUGUGCGCACCCGUAAGGAUCUGCUGGAGCGCUACUCGGGCAUUGUGGUGGCCUCCGGCGACGGGCUCUUCUACGAGGUCCUCAACGGUCUGAUGGAGCGCAUGGAUUGGCGUCGCGCCUGCCGCAAUCUGCCGCUCGGCAUCAUACCCUGCGGCAGCGGCAAUGGCCUGGCCAAGAGCGUGGCCCAUCACUGCAAUGAGCCGUACGAACCAAAGCCCAUCCUUCAUGCCACGCUCACGUGCAUUGCUGGCAGGAGCACGCCCAUGGACGUGGUCCGUGUGGAGCUGUCCUCCAGGGACAAGCACUAUGUGAUGUACUCCUUCUUGUCCGUGGGCUGGGGCCUCAUUGCCGACAUUGACAUCGAGAGCGAGCGUCUGCGGUCGAUUGGCGCCCAACGGUUCACACUGUGGGCCAUCAAGCGGCUCAUCUCGCUGAGGUCCUAUAAGGGCAAGGUCUUCUAUCUGCCCUACCCAAAGGAGGAGAAGGAGGAGCAGCAGGAGCAGCAGGAGACUGCCCAGACUGCAGCUGCCCCCCAGGAGAAGGAAACUCAACGGCAGCUGCCAGUGGAGGAGCAGGCGCCACCAAGCAGGCCUGUCUCAUUGCCGCUCAACGUCAACGGCGAUGUCAGCGAGGAGAGCGAGUUCAGGGAUCUGCCGGAGGACCUCAACGAGGAGUCCGAGACGGACCCGGACCAGUUUGCCGAUGCCCUGUCCAUGGAUCGUUCCAUCUUUCGCCAGCACGCCGACAGCUGGCACUCGGCCAUGUCCCGCCGGACCGCCUACUAUUCGGUGGGGGGCCAGAGCAUCCGAUCGAAUCGCAGCCGGAUGAGCGUCUCCCAGAGGAUUGAGGCGGCCAAUGCAGAGUUUGCGGAGCUAGUGCCCUCGGGCACAAUACCGGGACUGCAGCUUCCGUUGCCUGCCGCCGAUGGAUGGUGCUGCGAGGAGGGGGAGUUCGUGAUGGUGCAUGCCGCCUACACGACGCACCUGUCCUCCGACUGCUACUUUGCGCCCGAGUCGCGGCUAAACGAUGGCAUCAUCUAUCUGGUGAUCAUCCGCAGCGGCGUGGGGCGCCACCAGAUGCUCAACUUUCUGCUGAGCAUGAACACGGGCACCCAUUUGCCGCCCGGCGGCGAUGAUCCCUUCAUUCGGGUGGUGCCCGUCAAGGCGUUCCGUAUCGAGCCGAGUGCCAGCGAUGGCAUCUUAGUGGUCGAUGGCGAGCGUGUCGAUUACGGGCCCAUACAGGCGGAGGUGCUGCCAGGACUGAUCAAUGUGAUGACCACCAAUGGACAGUGAGGAUGUAUCGGAUAGCGAUAACGAUAACGAUAGCGAUAUAUCGAUCAAGUGAUCAGAGCUAUGGGACAUUACAGAUCAGAUAAAAAGAGAACAGUACUAUAAGCAUUUGUCGAUAGUUGCCUACGUUCGAUAGCCAUUAAUCGAUCAUCAAAUGUAUACGAUGUAUUUGCGUAAAUUUAAUCGAUUACUAUCGAAUUUGCGAUCACCGAAAUUGUAUGCAAAAUUGCAAUUAUUCGAUAAAACAAAACAAUUUUAAAUGUAU